GAAAUGGCGGGUCGCGAGAAACUGCGAGGGCUCACACCAGCGUUGGAUUCAUUCUAGCUGUUGGAUCCACAGGCUCCUCCUUCAUCCACCGUUGAGAGUAAAUUUGUUCGCAUGUACCUCCGAUCUGAACCCGACCCAAAACCUCUUACCGACUCGGUCUUCGUGAAAGAAUCUCCGCACCCUCGCUCUCCUCGUUAUCGGCCUCAUCUCUGUGUGACGAUCUUAGCUGACCAACGCGGGGAACUCGCCGCCAAGAACAACUUCAUGGCCUCCGAAAUGAGCAAGUAAUCUGUGAUGCAUUGUUCUCUUGUCUGGAACUUCUGUCCCAAUCGCUUGUAGAUUUCGUUUUAGUUUUCUGCAUCAAGAUUAGGGUUCUUGAGAUUUCACUUAUGUCUGCUGAAUUGAAGCUUUGGAUGUAACUUAGGUAUUUGUCUUUUUUAGUAGGGAUUAGUAUGAUUUUUUGCAUAUAACCCCUUUUUUUUGGGAAGAUGGGUCGAAAGAAAUCCCGGCCGAUUAGGUCAGGAGGCAUAGUAUCUGUAAAUGACGGCCCAAGUUGUCGUGAAGCGCCACAUUUAGAAAAUAAUAAUUUGUGCAAAGAAGUAGGUGCAGUUGAUAAUGGGGAACAUUCUAACUGUAGCAAACCUAUUUAUAUUGAUGUAGAUUGCAGCAGUUGGGGUUCUGCUGAGCAUCUUGAUAUAGCUGAAGUGAUUCUAAAUGAUGUUAAGUUUUCUGAUGGAAAAAUUGAUUACGGAUUGCUAAAAGAUAGCUUCAAUGAAUUAAAAUUUUCACUUCAGUUCCGCUUGUGCAAUGUAAACGAAGGUAGCUUUAGAUUGGGUCAGUGGCCUGUAUUAUCAGCUACUGAUAGCAUCUUUUUAGAGUUUCUUUUUGUAGAAGAUCAAGGUAGAGAGCAUGGAAAAAACUGUUCCAUUACAUUAUCUGGUACAUUUGAUGGGCCCGAUGAGAGUGUCUCAAGUCUUGUGCAUCUAGUGUAUCUGAAGUUCCUGGCGUUGCGGCUUAUUUUUGUUGUUGAAGAUUUUGUUGAUGUUCCGGCACUUCGAUUUAGGGUAGAAGUGUUGAAAAGUGCCUUUGAUGCAUGUGAUUCCAUUUUAGAAACUGUUAGGCAGCCAUGGAGAAAGAGUAUGAUGAAUGUCAUGCAUUGGUUACGCCCUGAAGUUACAACCUCAGAAGCUAUAUAUGGAAUAGAAGGUCCCUCUGUACAGGUGGAUGAAGCUUCUAGUUAUGGCCGAAGCAAGCAUGCUCAGUUUGAUAUUGCUGACUUUUAUGAAGCCAUUAAGCCUUCAAGGGAGGAGCCUAUGCUGGAUGAAGAACUUCCUGACUUGCUCCCAUGUCUAAGGCCCUACCAGCGCCGUGCUGCUUAUUGGAUGGUUCAGAGGGAGAAGGCAGCUAACAUAAUUUCAGGGGAGAAAGCACCAGAUCAGCUAUCUGCUCCAUAUUCUGUGCCUGUUAAUUUUCUUGAUAGGAGUUCCAGAAUGUUCUACAAUCCAUUCAAUGGGAACAUUUCUUUGCAUCCAGAUUCAUCUUCGCUACAUGUUUCUGGUGGGAUAUUAGCUGAUGAGAUGGGCUUGGGUAAGACUCUGGAGUUGCUGGCUUGUAUCAUGGCUCAUCGAAGGCCGUCCUUGGAAGCAGGCUUCAUUUACAACAAUCACAGUCAUGAUAUUGAAGCAGAAGUUAAGAUUAAAAGGCAGAAAUGGGAACGUGUUGAGUGUAUCUGUGGAGCUGCCAGUGAAAGUUCAAGGUAUAGGGGGCUGUGGGUGCAAUGUGAUUUAUGUGAUGCAUGGCAGCAUGCUAAAUGUGUUGGUUACUCACCUAAAGAGAGCAGUUUGCCUUCACAUGAAAAUGAAACUAAGGGUGGUGGCUCUGUAAAAGUUCUGUCCGAGUCAAAGUAUAGCCAUAAAAAGAAAGAUACUAGCAACAUAGUAAAAAUCAGUGGGGAUUACAUAUGUUCUUUGUGCUCAGAGCUUAUUGAAGCUGCUAAGAUUGACACGUACACUGGUGCAACACUUAUAGUAUGCCCAGCUCCUAUAUUGGCUCAGUGGCAGUCAGAAGUAAUGCGUCAUACGAGGUCUGGUUCCCUGAAAAUCUGCAUUUAUGAAGGUGCAAGGAGUUUAGAUUCUUUGAUUACUUCAAGAACUGAUAUGAUGGAGCUAGCUAGUGCAGACAUUGUUUUGACAACAUAUGAUAUACUAAAAGAAGACUUGUCACAUGAUUCUGAUAGACAUGAUGGUGAUCGUCGUUUUUUGAGAUACCAAAAGAGGUACCCAAUUGUUCCUACUCUUCUUACAAGGAUAAAUUGGUGGAGACUAUGUUUGGAUGAGGCACAAAUGGUGGAGUGCAACCAAGCUUCUGUGACAGAGAUGGCUAUGCGUUUACAUGCACAACACCGUUGGUGUAUCACUGGGACACCUAUACAACGCAGGCUUGAUGACAUUUAUGGGCUUCUACGUUUCCUAAGAGCAAACCCUUUUGAUGUCUAUAGAUGGUGGGUUGAAAUUAUUAGAGAUCCUUAUGAGAGAAGAGAUAGAGUAGCUAUGCAAUUUGUAUACAACUUUUUUAGGAAAAUAAUGUGGCGUUCAUCCAAAGCACAUGUUGCAGAGGAGCUACACUUGCCUCCACAGGAGGUGUGCUUGUCGUGGCUCACCUUCUCAUCAAUUGAGGAACAUUUCUAUCAGAAGCAACAUGAGACUUGUGUGAGCCAUGCUCAUGAAAUUAUCAAAAAUUUAAAAGAUGAUAUUCGUAAAAGAGAAGCUGUAUUUGAUCUGGAUGCUUCAUACUAUGGCUUUCUGUCUCAUAGUGAAGUUGCAAGGCUUGUUGGCCCACUUUUAAAGCUUCGUCAGGCAUGUUGCCAUCCUCAAGUUGGGAGUUCCGGUCUCUGCUCAUUGCAACAAAAUCCUCUGACAAUGGAGGAAAUUCUAGGCGUUCUCAUUGGAAAAACUAAAAUUGAAGGAGAGGAAGCACUACGGAAAAUUGUUAGUGCACUAAAUGGUCUAGCUGCGAUAGCUAUAAUUGAGGAGGAUGUAAAAAGGGCUGUGUUAUUGUAUAGAGAAGCGUUGGCCUUGGCUGAUGAACAUUCUAAUGAUUUCCGCUUGGACCCUUUGUUGAAUCUUCACAUUCACCACAAUCUAGCUGAACUAAUCCCUCUUACUUCUGAAUUUUCAGAACAUUGUUUAUCAGCUGGUUUGCCUCUUGAAAAUAAUGAAUUGAGGAAGCGGAAAUCAACCUCUGCUGACAGGUUUGAUAAGUACUAUGUCAAGAGGGGAAAAACAAGAAAGGGCUGCAAGCCAAUUUCAUCAGGAGAUGAUACAUCUUUGGAGCAGAAUAAUAAAACGGGUGAUGUUACCUCCAUCGUCCAUGGGCUUGCUGAAAAUGGGGCGAAAGAUUUGGAACAUGAUGCUUGUUGUUUCUCCACACUUGAUAAUAGUGUGAAAAUAGUUUCAGAAGUUGAUGUUCCUUGUCUAGUAUCACCUAGAUGUUAUGCUGUUGGUUGCCUGAGAAAGACAUGUGAAAAUAUUAAACAGAAAUAUUUAUCUGUGUUUACUUCAAGGAUGUCCCUAACCCAGGAAGAGUUCAAAAGUUCAUCCAUGCAGGUGUCUAGUAUCUUGAAUGAAAUGGAAAACCAAACCACAAUUUGGUGGUUGCAUGCCCUUCACCUUAUUAGCCAGGAUAAGGAGUCCUCAGCGGAGCUAACACGAAAGAUUGAACAAUCUCUCUCUAGGAAUGCUCAAAGUGCAGGAUUAUCAAGAGUUUCAUCAAGGUUUAGAAGUACAAGUGGUUUAAUAUACAACAUCCAGACUGGUCUAGACUCUCUAGGAAGUUCUAGGCUAGAGUUAAUUAACCGUCUUAUUGAAAUUGACCAAACAAUGGACAAUCCGAAGGAUGAUGAUAUUGAACGGCUUAGAUACUGUCCAAAUUGCUAUGAUGGUGAUGGUCCUCUAUGCCUACACUGCGAACUUGAUGUCCUAUUUCAGGUAUAUGAAGCUAGGCUCUCUCUUGUGAGAAGAGCGAACAACUAUGCAAUGUUUGAAUCAAUAGAGGAGGCAUUGGACUUGCAAAAGCGUAAUUUUGAAUUAAAUCUUUUUUUCCGCAACAACAAAACCUCAUUGGAUAAUGGCACUGGGAAUGAGAAGAGUAAACAACGUCUUGUUAAAGAAGCCAUUCAGGUACUGAAAGUCCCUUCUGAACUGGAGACUACCCUUAGGAUCAUAAAAAGUCAUUCAACAGCAAUCUUGGGAAGGCAGGGCGUGGAAUCUGCGAAAAAACACUUGCUUCUUUUUGAGGGUAUGCGCAAGGAAUAUGCUCAGGCAAGAUCCUUGUCAAGAGCUCAAGCUCAGGUGCUGCGUGCUUAUGACGAAAUCAAAAUGGCUACUACAAGACUGCGUCUUAAAGCAACGGAGGAUGAACCUGCUGCUAUUAACGUGCUAAGUAAAGAAGAAUUGGUUCCAUCUAGCUUGCAGUUAUCUAGCGAAAAGUUUGUGUCAUUGUCAUCAUUGCAACGCAUGAAAGGACAACUUCGCUAUCUGAAGGGAUUGGCUCUGUCUAAUCAGGUAACACAUCAUCAGUGCCUUGAUUCAUUGUCGAAGCCUCAGGAGACGGCUAAAAAUUCUUCCUUUGCAAUUAAAGAUAGCAUUUGUAGCACAGAUCAGGAGCCUUGCCCUGUAUGUCAUGAGAGACUUUUUAAUCAGAAGAUGGUUUUUGAAUGUGGACAUGUCAUUUGUUGCAAUUGUUGUCUUCAAAUGACAGAUCAUGCAGUAGUGCACUCUGGAAAGAAUCAACGGAAAUGGAUUACAUGUCCCACUUGCCGUCAACGGACCGAUUUUGAGAACAUUGCGUAUGUGGAUGAGAAACAAAAUAAGGGCAGUGAUUCAAGACUAUCAAAUACUUCUAAUUCUAAAGCUGAAUCAGAAAACUCUAUCACAGUUAAGGGAUCAUAUGGAACAAAGAUCGAAGCAGUUAUAAGAAGAAUAUUGUGGAUAACUUCAAAUAAUGAAGAGGCCAAAAUUAUCGUGUUCUCUAGUUGGAACGAUGUUCUUGAUGUGCUGGGACAUGCCUUAGUUGCUAACAGUAUCACAUUUGUUCGGAUGAAAGGUGGCAGGAAAUCACAAGUAGCAAUUGCACAAUUUAAAGGACAAGAAAACAUGCAAGUAGGUGAAAAUACACAAGAGCAGCUCACUUCAUCCAAGUCUGUUCGAGUUCUGAUGAUGCUAGUCCAGCACGGUGCAAACGGUCUCAAUCUCUUAGAAGCACAGCAUGUCAUUCUCAUGGAACCUCUGCUAAAUCCUGCAGCUGAAGCACAAGCAAUCAGCCGUAUCCACAGAGUUGGGCAGGAUAAGAAGACGUUCAUUCACCGAUUCCUAGUGAAGAACACUAUAGAAGAGAGCAUCUACAAGUUGAAUAUGACAAGGGAUGUCAGUUCCGUCAUCAGUCCCAAAGUCAGCAAAAACCAAGAUCAGCCCAUUUUGACACUCCAAGACGUGGAGUCCUUGUUUCCCUUGGCAAGGCCAUCUGAAUUGCACCAAGAUAGGAAUGAGCCAGAUGGAAGCUUAAGGAAUUUGCCUCCAGCUGUUGCCGCUGGCCUAGCUGCUCAUAGGAGAUUAUUCGAGGGACAUAACAACUUGCGGUAAAUCUAAAUUGAAUCAUCUCUCUUCCAGCUCUUCUACUAACUCAUUUUCCAUGGAAGAAUCUUGUAUAGUGAUCCAUAUAUCUCGCCCGAAUGCAUCUCGAGUGUGUGUCACUAACGAGGUUUAGCUGCAACGGGUAUUGCUGAUGAAGGUACAAUUUUCUUCUAUACAUUUUUCCUCUUGUGAGAAGUCGUGGUUUCCUUUGUAUUCGUGGAAGCUGUAACCAUGUAUAUAUUGGAUGCAUAGCUUCGAUCCUGUAAGUAAAUAGUCCACGAAUAAUUAGUUAAAUUAUGAACCAGAAAUGUUUUGAGUUCAA